AUGAGGAGAAUGGCGGAGAGAAAGGAGAUCGAAUCCAGUAAGUUUGGAAGUGACGAACAUGACAAGUUCGUGAAGACUCUGGAAAUAGGGGACAUUGUGGUGGCACCAUUCGGCCCUGGCGUUUCGCCUAAAGAAGAGAUUGUGGAGAGAGCAGUGCGGAUGGUCAUUGACCCCAUUUAUCGCGAGAAGAACGGGAAGGAAUACAAUUUGCUUACAUACAACUGCGAGCACUUCUCAUCCUGGUGCCGGUAUGGCAAGUCGGCCAGCAAGCAGGUUGAGACGGCCAAGAAAGUUGGUGAGGUAACUUUGGCUGGUACUGCGCUUGGUGCAUCCAUGCUUAUUUCAAAGAAAAAGAAAAGAAGUGCAACAGAAGCAGGAAUAAGACAGAUUGAUGAACAACAGAAGCAGGAAGAUGAACGUGGAGAAUAUAAGAAACAAAAAUGA